AUGUCUGAUGUUACUGAAAAGACAGCUGAGCAAUUAGGAAACUUGAAAAUUGACGAUUCUCAAGAACAACAAACUGCCACGAGCACUCCAUCUUCAGCCACCACUGAAAACUCUUCAGCUUCCUUGUACGUUGGUGACUUAGAUCCAUCAGUUUCUGAAGCUUUGUUGUAUGACAUUUUCUCCCCAAUCGGUUCAGUUUCUUCUAUCCGUGUUUGUCGUGAUGCUAUCACUAAGACUUCCUUAGGUUACGCUUACGUUAACUUCAACGACCAUGAAGCUGGUAAGAAAGCCAUUGAAAAGUUGAACUACACUCCAAUCAAGGGUAGAUUAUGUCGUAUCAUGUGGUCUCAACGUGAUCCAGCUUUAAGAAAGAAGGGUUCCGCCAACAUCUUCAUCAAAAACUUACAUUCCGAUAUUGAUAACAAGGCGUUAUACGACACUUUCUCUGUCUUUGGUAACAUCUUGUCCUCCAAGAUUGCUACCGAUGAAACUGGUAAAUCUAAGGGUUUCGGUUUCGUUCAUUUCGAAGACGAUACUGCUGCCAAGGAAGCUAUUGAUGCCUUGAACGGUAUGUUGUUGAACGGUCAAGAAAUCUUUGUUGGUCCACAUUUGAGCAGAAAGGAACGUGACUCUCAAUUAGAAGAAUCCAAAGCCAACUUCACCAACAUUUAUGUUAAGAACAUUAACUUAGAAACCACUGAUGAAGAAUUCACUGAAUUAUUCUCCAAGUACGGUAAGGUUUUAUCUGCUGCUUUAGAAAAGACUGAAGACGGCAAAUUGAAGGGUUUUGGUUUCGUUGAUUUCGAAAACCAUGAAGAUGCAGCCAAGGCUGUUGAAGAAUUAAACGGUUCCCAAUUCAAGGAUCAAGAAUUAUUUGUUUCCCGUGCUCAAAAGAAAUACGAACGUAUGCAAGAAUUGAAGAAACAAUACGAAGCUUCCAGACUUGAAAAGAUGGCUAAAUACCAAGGUGUAAACUUAUUCAUCAAGAACUUAGAUGACUCCAUUGAUGACGAAAAGUUAAAAGAAGAAUUCGCCCCAUACGGUAACAUCACCUCUGUUAGAGUUAUGAGAACUGAAAAUGGUAAAUCGAGAGGUUUCGGUUUCGUUUGUUUCUCUACUCCAGAAGAAGCUACCAAGGCUAUUACCGAAAAGAACCAACAAAUUGUUGCUGGUAAACCAUUAUAUGUUGCCAUUGCUCAAAGAAAGGAUGUUAGACGUUCUCAAUUAGCUCAACAAAUCCAAGCUAGAAACCAAAUGAGGUACCAACAAGCUACAGCAGCUGCAGCUGCCGCCGCUGCUGGUAUCCCAGGUCAAUUCAUGCCACCAAUGUUUUACGGUGUCAUGCCACCAAGAGGUGUUCCAUUCAAUGGUCCAAACCCACAACAAAUGAAUGGUGUUCCUCCACAACAAUUCAGAAACGCUCCUGUUUACGGUGGUAUGCCACCACAAGGUGCUUUCCCAAGAAACGGUGCUGCUGGUAACAACCACUUUUAUCAACAAAAAAGACAAGCCUUAGGUGAACAAUUAUAUAAGAAGGUUUCCGCCAAGAAUGUUGAUGAAGAAGCAGCUGGUAAGAUCACCGGUAUGAUUUUGGAUUUACCACCUCAAGAUGUUGUCUCUUUGCUAGAAAAUGAUGAAUUAUUCGACCAACAUUUCAAAGAAGCCUCUGCUGCUUACCAAUCUUUCAAGCAAGAACAACAACAACAGCAGCAACAACAACAACAACCUGCCGCUGAACAACCUGCUCCACAAGCUUAA